GAGGGCUGCGGAGACGGCACCUUGAAAGGAAAAGGCAGGCGGUCGUACCGCUUUAGGCCUCAAUACAAGUCACCUACCCCCAAGUCACCACCCAUUCUGGGCCACUGACCCACAAGUAAGAGACUCAGUGCAAUCCAUUUUGCCCCAUGCCUGCCCUGCUGGUUCUGUGCUCUCUCUAAAGGGUCAUUCCCCCCGUGUCUUCACUUGACUCAGGACACAUUUAAAGAGCCUCUGCAAACAUGCUCUCACCUCAGUUUCUGUUCUGUUCGCUGUGCAUCACUCUGGAGGAGUCACACCCGCAGUCCCUCUGAUGGACUUUCUUAACGUUUUGAAACUGUUGCACGUUUAGCAGCCGGAGCUUUGGGCGCAAAGGUAUAGUUUCUUGAAGGAGGCAGCAGCCAUGUCGAGUCCAGGGGAGAGUAUAUCAUCAGAGGGCAGCAGCCCAUUGUUUCCGUCCCGCCUAGGUCUGCCUGAAAGCCCAAUGGGAGACAGGACAGGUGCAGAGGCUGGUAUGGCCUGGGAGAUGGAGGACACCAAGCCCUGCAUGGAGGCUCUUGAGCAUCGCGGCCUUCCAGGCCUCCACCUGUCCUGCUUCGACAUGCUCUUCACAGAGGACUCCACCUGGCUGGUGAAGGUGACCGAGGCCUCCUCGGGUCAGGCUUGUCCCGUGCCUCUCCCCAUAACCAGGUCCGAGCACCGUGAGGAGCCAGAGCAGUGCCCCGUCAUCGACAGCCAGGCCCUGGGGCUCUCCCCGGGGCUGGAGGGCCAGGAGGAGGAGCGAUCCCUGGAGCAGGUCCAGAGCAUGGUGGUCGGGGAGGUGCUGAAGGACAUCGAGACGGCCUGCAAGCUGCUCAACAUCAUCCCAGACCCCAUAGAGUGGAGCUCGGGGAACGUCCAGAAGUGGUUGUUGUGGACAGAGCACCUGUAUAGACUGCCUCAGGCCGGCAAGGCCUUUCAGGAGCUCACUGGGAAAGACCUGUGUGCCAUGAGUGAAGAGGACUUCAGGCAGAGGUCCCCUCAGUGUGGAGACACCCUGCACGCCCACCUGGACAUCUGGAAGUCAGCUGCCUGGAUGAAAGAGAGGUGUUCCGUUGGAGACAGCAAAAUCACAGGCGGAGAGGAGCUGUGGUUGGAGGCAGACUCGUCAUGCUCAGGCCAGCCCAUCCACCUGUGGCAGUUCCUCAGAGAGCUGCUCCUCAAGCCCCACACCUACGGACGCUGUAUCCGCUGGCUCAACAAGGAGAAAGGUAUUUUCAAAAUCGAGGACUCUGCUCACGUGGCAAGACUCUGGGGACUGAGGAAGAACCGUCCAGCGAUGAACUACGACAAACUGAGCCGCUCCAUACGGCAGUACUACAAGAAGGGCAUCAUCCGCAAGCCUGAUGUCUCCCAGAGACUGGUCUAUCAGUUUGUCCACCCAGUAUGAGGGGACGGAGGAGGACAGAGGUCUCCAAAGAAAGGGCCACACGAUCACACCUUGCAUUUGUACAUUACACCAACACCAAGCUGAGAAGGGGUGAAACUAACAAGCAUGCACUGACCAACCCCUGUAAGUACACAUAGCCUUUGCCAGCUAUUGCCAGUAAGUGUCAGCAGUCAAAGCUGGCAAAUAAUUUUUUCGCUUUUUUUAAUGCAGAGAAGAAACUUGAGACUAAAAUGAAAGUGCUUUUUCUCUGGGGCUGACUCCUCAUAAAAACCACCAAACAACAAAGAAAGAAAAAAAACAACUUUGAACUGCCUUUUUCAUUUGCACGAUCUGCCUGUCCUUUUUCCCUAUUAUAUCAUUGAAUCAAUAACCCGUAUCUUAAAACACCGGAAGACAACAUUUGAUUGGCAUCAAACACAAGGAAGAGAAAUUCCCAUUGCCCACAGUUAUACCUUUUAACAUGAUGUACCUGCUGUGUCCCUGUGUGUAGGACGAAGAACAGUCUGCGUCCGCUUGUUUAUCAGAGCCUGUUUCUACUCAUUCCUCUGGGAAUGUGGUUAGGAGUUUUGCUUCAGCUAGGGUUCAGCUCUGGCUCUGGCUGUCAUCCAGAGAGGCAAACAGCUCACUCUUUUUUUUUCAUUUUUCACAUGGCACACUUCGGGAACUCUCCCGAAAGGCUUUUACAAAAGAGUAUUUCGCUGAACCUGAAUGGGAGUGCAGCAACAACCCCCUCAUAAUAAACUCAUAUAGUCAAAGUCGGUAACUGACUGGUAAAAGCCGUUGGUUUUCCACCCUGCCAUAGAAAACAUCUAGAAAGCACCAGACCACUGUAUAUUACCAUAUUAUAUGUCAUAUGUUCUGCACCUUUUGCUUGCGUCUAAUUGUAAUAUCAUUUUUGAUUUGAAAUGUAACCAAAAAAUAUAGAAAGGAAUAUCUACAUCAUAAAACUGUAUCCUUCACCAUCUUCACCAUUGCAAUACAGGUUCAAUUCUUGAAAACCAGCAGCAUUACUAAUCUCAUAAUUGAUCAUUACCAGUUCUGUCGAAUUCUAUGAAGUAUACAAUAAAAAAUGUGGGUUCCUCGAGGGGUUUUUGGUAAGGGUGCUGGUUCUAUGUGGAACCACACUGACCCAAAGAACCCUUUGAGCCCUUCAAUGGUUCUUUGAGGUUCAAAAAAUGUAAACAUAGCAGCAGCAGCUCAUUCAACAUUUUGGGACUUGGCUUGCUCACAGCUCUUUCUGUGCAACCCUGAGUGAGUGUCCUUCCAGGUGAUCUAAUCUGUUGUGUUACGCUGUUACAUGUUAUGUAUGACUAUGGUCAGUGACAGUGUCUUGUGAAAGACUCAAGUAUGGCCUUGUGUCAAUUGAGAAUGGUUGACUAAGUCAGUAGUUCUCAAUUCUCACCUCAGGGACCCCCAGCCGUUCCAGAGCUCCCACACCUGAUUUAACUUGUUAAUAAACACAAUAAUACAAA